CCAAACGCAUCGCACCCAGUAGAGAGAGAAACUGAGUUUGAAGAGCGAGAGGGAGAGGGGGGCGAGAGUGAGGGAGAGUGUGGGAGGGAGAAAGGAUAAGAUCGUCGUCACAAUAUAUUGCUGUAUGGCGUUGUCGGGUUGAAUAUAUUUUCUCAAACCCGAGGAAAACAGUCUGAUUUUCUCUUCUUUUGACUCGGCGAUGCGGAGAGGCAGAGCAGCCGCAGUGGCCAAGCAAGCGGCGGCCGCGCCGCCUGCUGAAAAUAUCAAUGGAUCUGGAGGAUCUCAAGAUAUUAGGUUCCGUGGAGUGAGAAAAAGGCCCUGGGGAAGAUACGCGGCGGAGAUUAGGGACCCUUGGAAGAAGACUCGCGUGUGGCUCGGGACCUUUGACUCGGCCGUGGAUGCUGCCCGAGCCUACGACGCCGCCGCCUUGAGUCUCCGGGGCCCAAAAGCCAAGACAAACUUUCCGUUGCCGAGUAAUUCUCACCAACCCCCGUAUCAGCAGAACCAUCAAUUUGUUCAGAGCUCUAAUGUCCUUGAUCCGCCGUUCAUCGAUCCCCGGCUGUACAGUCAAGAGCAUCAGAUUUUUUCUCAGAGGCGGCCUACCUCCAGCGGCAUGAGUAGCACGGUGGAAUCCUUUAGUGGGCCCAGGCCACACCCGGCGCCAGUCCCUUCUCGCCUUCAUCCCAGGCCGCCGCCUGUUUUUCCCGAUGACUAUCAUAGCGACUGCGACUCUUCAUCUUCAGUCCUUGAAGACAGUGACUGCAAAGACAUUGCCUCGUCUCCUUUCAGAAAGCAGCUGUCUUUUGACCUCAACCUGCCGCCUUCCAUGGAGGCAGACGAUCUUCCCUGCACAGCUCUUCGUCUUUAAUGUACCUUGGCAGCUGAGGCUGCUCAUCUUCGGCUCCCCCCUCAUCACUGGAAACCAAAUCCAGUGCUAGUAUUUGCUUGAUCUUUUACUUUUCUGUUUUUCUGUGUAGCGGCCGUUCUUAAAGAAAAUGUUGGUGAAAAGAAGGAAAUCAAAUCCUUUAGAGCUAAAUUGUGAACUCCGAUUAUAUAAAAGAUCAAGCUUAUGAUAAAGUCUCAGCUAAACUCCGAAGAGAAUGUACUUUUUAAAUUGCAAUUCACUUCUGAUAGUAUAAUUCUCUUAGUAUCCAUGGCUGCAUCAGUGUGUUGAUAUAUUAUUAUCAUCUUGUAGCUAUUAUUAUGGCUUCAAACCCAUGCAUCAAUGCAUCAUGAGUUGUUGUCAUGAUUAUCAUUUAUGUAACAGUUAAAUAGAUAUAUCAAUCCUAUAGUAUUAGAUGAAAUUACUUUGUAUUCGCUCCUUUUCUCUGAAAUUUGAGUUGCAUGUUGUAGCUACUUCGUGAAGGAAAAGCACGUGUGGACAUAUUUGAGCAUGAUUUGAGGUUUUGUGUUUUUUGAAAUGCAGGUCAUCUAUGUAAGCUUCCAUCAGAACUCCAAUCUCUUAAUUGAACUACCUGGUUAUCGUUCUAGUAAAAUAUUGCUUGCACUCCAUGAUAAGUAAUACGUAUUAUUAGUUAUUUAUGGGAGUAUUAUGUUACCUUAUUAUCUAGAUUGUAAUUAGGAUGUCUCCUUGUAUAGAUCGAACUCUUUUCCUUUUAUAUUUGUUUCUUACUGUGCACUCCGUAUAGAACAAAAUUAAUAGACCAAAAUGAAAUACCAAAUGUAAUAGCAUACCAUGUAUAGGUUAAUAUAUUUUUGUGCACUCCGUAUUCUCUUUCGCCAUGUAGGUAUGAGUGGUAUGACGAUGCCCGUAGAAGUGGACGAUGAUGUAGAUUUUUUCAACCAACUAUUGGUUAAUUUACUCAACUGAAGAGUGAUAUAUUUUGUGCAUUUAUUUGUUAGUUUCUCAUAAGUUUGUGUUGUUGUGGUCCAGUACUCCAAUGCAAAUUCAAUGUCAUUUUCAAACAUACUUGAGGUGAACACGAAUGGCAUGACAAUGAAGAUUAAAGUUGUAGACAGAUCUGGGGUAUAUCUAUAGUGAUCCCAUGAUGUUUUGCUUUCCUAAGCGGGUUUUGCAAUGACAAAUAUUAUUGUAGGCAAAGCCUGAAGGGCGAGAAGCAGGACAUGUUUGUUGGUUGCGACUGCAGAGUAGAAAAAGCGGAAAAUGAGUGCAAGUUCUUGGGUUGGCUUUCUUUCCCUCCUAUGGUGUCUUUACCAAGUCUAACUUCAUUUUUCGGUGCAUUGUUUUUAUGAUGGAUGUUAUAAAUUUGUAUUGUUCUUCCUUCAGACACGUUCCGGCUAUAUUGUUUUGGCAUAGAAAGCAAGUGUAAUCAAUUGGUUGCACAAUGUUUCAUUUGAAGAGACAUUUUAAUACCAAAAUUAAGUUAUUUCUUCAUUUAGAUUGAUGUCGUUUGGGGCAUCAAUUGUUUACUUGUACAAGUUGUAUACAGGGUGCACCCAUGUUAGUUUCGGUUCAUCUCCAGUUAAGGCGAGCUGGAACUUAAACCGGUUGGAUUAGUUGUGAUAUGAAAUAAAAGGAGCCAGUUCAGUCUGUUGACUCUGUUCAGCCAUUUUAGCUACCCAGAUGUAGCCUGUUCCGAAAAUGGCCUAGUUGCAUCAUAAGGGUUGGGGAUUUAUUGUAGGUAAAUUGUUAUGACUGUUGAGCAUAUUGUACAGGUGCAGGGAUGGACCGGGACGGGUUGGUCCGACCUGGGCCUGGUGCUGUUUAGGUCCGACCCGUUACUGUAUAGGCCCGGUCCCGUCCUGGAGCCCGGCCCGAUGACUAUAAUGGCGGGCUUCAGCUUCCAUUUUUUGGGCCCAGUUUGAGCUCGACUGCACUGUUUUUUUAAUUGAAUGUCCAUUCCUGUCCCAAAGCCUGACCUGUUAGUGCUUCGGCCUCGUCCGGUACUGGUACAAACCCGGGCCUAUACCAGGCCUGCAAUCCUUAAGCCCGGUACCGGUACAAACCCGGGCCUAUACCAGGCCUGCAAUCCUUAAGCCCAGUACCUGUACAAACUCGGGCCGGUACCGAGCCUGAAAUCCUUAAGCCCAGUACCUGUACAAACCUAGGCCGGUACCGAGCCUGAAAUCCUUAAGCCCAGUCCUGCCCCGAAGUCCGGCCCGGUCCUGUCGGAGUCCAUCCCUAUACAGGUGGAUGAUCAAAAUGGUCCGUGACAUAAAAAAGAGGAUAUCAAUGAGGGAUACUCUUUCAGUCUUUUGAGGAACCAGGAGUGCGUUUGCAAAAUCGAAACCAUCAACCAGAGGUCCAGAACUCAAAGGAAAACAGCUCACAAUCGACUUGAAAAAUAAGCAAAAGCAAAAAGUGUACUUUGCUAAUUCAAACUCCGCCAAUUCUAAUCUACCGUCUAUCCUACUCACGAAAGAAUGUGUAAG